CACAUCGCUGUCUGAGUUUUGGGCGCGAAGUCGGCAUUCUCUCGGCAAAAUAAAAUAUAGUAAGUUAAUUGUAAUAGUCCCAGAAUGAAGUGCAAAAUACCCGAAAUUUCGUGGCAUAACCGCGACCCAGUGUUAAGUGUGGAUAUACAACCCAAAUCCGGCUCCUUGCCACCUAACGCAAUGUGUCGUCUUGCGUCCGGUGGCACCGACACCCAUGUUCUCAUUUGGUAUUUGAACCGAACUGUGGAGGGCGAGGGUGGAAGCGGAGGUGAGGACAUGGUAUUGGAAUUGGCGGCGGAUUUGACGAAGCAUCAGCGAGCUGUGAACACUGUGCGAUGGUCACCCAAUGGAGAACUCUUAGCUUCUGGUGAUGACGACAGUGUGAUCUUCUUAUGGGUGCAGAAGGCGGAAAACGAUGUGCCAAAUUUUAUCGACUCCGAAGGUAAUAGCGAACUGAACCGCGAGAUGUGGAGGCCACAAAAGGUAUUGCGGGGUCAUCGCGAGGAUGUUUACGACUUGUGCUGGGCGCCAAACUCGCAAUUUCUGCUGACAGGAUCGGUGGACAACACGGCCAUGUUGUGGGAUGUGCACAAGGGCAAGUCGCUGGCCAUACUGGACGAUCACAAGGGAUAUGUGCAGGGUGUGGCUUGGGAUCCGGCAAAUCAGUACUUGGCCACCAUGAGCACAGAUAGAAAUCUACGCAUCUUCGAUGUAAGCACACGACGCUGUCUGCAUCGUGUGAGUAAGACUACGCUCCCUGUGAAGGAGGGACAUGAAUUGCAUGGCCGCAAUGUGCGUCUCUAUCACGAUGGCACCCUGCAGACGUUCUUUCGGCGCAUUUGCUUCACACCCGAUGCCAAACUGCUGCUGACGCCUGCUGGUGUCACCGACUACGAUGGCGUGUUGAAGCCUUCGCAUACCACCUAUGGCUACAGUCGCUACGAUCUGAGCAAGCCCGCCUUUGUGCUGCCCUUCCCCAAUGAGUACACUGUCGCCGUGCGUUGUUCGCCUGUGCUGUAUCGCUUGCGUCCCUUCAAUGCCGAGAAGAAUUUGCCAAUUAUAACGCUGCCGUAUCGCAUGAUUUAUGCGGUGGCCACCAAGAAUUCGGUGUUCUUCUUCGACACACAGCAGCCGGUGCCGUUUGCCAUUGUGUCCAACAUUCAUUAUACACGACUGACGGAUUUGACGUGGUCAAAUGAUGGCAACACCUUGAUUGUGUCCAGCACUGAUGGCUUCUGUUCGCUGAUCAGCUUUGACGAGACUGAGCUGGGCGAACGCUAUGAGGAUAUGGAUGCAGUGCUGUGCGCUGUCACCAUGUCGAUAGAUAAUGCACCACAACGCAGUCGCAAGAUCAAGAAGCAAAGGCGAAAGCCGUCCACAGAUGAGUCAACUGUACGUCGACCGUUGCAGGAGAAGGGCAAGCCCAAUAUCAUUGAUAGCAAACUGGAGAGGAGCCCGCUUAAGGACAAGGACAGCGCUGAGACUGAUGUGGAUGCCGACAAUGAUUCGUCCUUGCAAAGCAGCAGCUCUGCCACCUCCGCGAACAGCCCCAAGCCAGCUGAAUCAACUGAAAAGAAGGUGAAACCCACGCCCAUUGCCUUUAGACGGUCGCCGCGUAAAGUCGCGGAGCCGCAGCCGAUUGCAACACGCCGAUCGCCGCGUAAAGUCGCCGAGCCAACGCCGAUUGCAACACGCCGUUCGCCGCGUAAAGUUGCCGAUUCCACGCCCUCUGUGAGCGAGACAAAGCCCAUUGCGAUCAAGCGCAAGGCCAGCGAAAUCAGCGACUCAGUGGAGCCAGUGCAAAGCAAGCCCAAGCUGCAGUAUGGCCUCCUGCCCAAACCCAUUGAGGCGGUGCUCGACAGACAGAUCAUCAGCUCCGAUGAGAAAUUCGAGCUGCCGGAGAAGCAGUCCAGGCCAGUGACGCCCAUUCAGGUGCGUCGCCAGCCGCGCACGCCUGGGAGCAGCAAUAGCAAUACGUUAACGCCCAAAUCACUGCCCGCCCGACAUGCCACACCCAUUGCUGUGCGCCGGACGCCACGUGUGCUCGUCGAUGGACCUGCAGUAAAUGCGCCCGUCGUCGUUGAAGAAGCCAUGGAUGCCUGGCCAUUGGAGGAGGAUGUGACACCUUUGCCUGAUGAGAAUGAGGCAGCGCCAAGCAAAAAGGAGACAAAAUCUUCAGAGGAGCCGCAAUUGACUAUUAACGAGGCGACUUGCGAACGCACUGAGGACAUUCGCUUGGUUUAUGAGGACACACAAGAGGGCACGCCAGUUAAAGCAGCACCCACAAUCACAGCAACUGCAACAGCAGCUGCAACUGCAACUUCAGUUGGUGCUUCGCCAAAACCGACAACGCCAAACGCAAAGACGCCGCGUCGCGUCUCGUUGCGAACUAUUUCGACUCCCAAGUCGAAAAAGAAACUGUUAGACUAGAAAUUAGCUUAUAGAAUGCGAGAGAAACUGAAGCGAGAAAUGUAGCCUUAGUCUUAACAAAAUCAACAUUAAAUUUAUAAACGAAUAAAACGCACAUUUAC